GCACAAUUGUGUUGUAGUUUCUUUGUUGUAAUGGCUUUUCAACUGGCACAUCUUAACCAGAGAUGGGAAUAUUUUAAGGGCGCUAUGGACAAAGCAACACAUUUGAUAUUUAGAGGUAUCUCCCUUUCCUUGGAGAGAAAAUCUUUUGUAAGUGAUGCUCAGAACUGACCAACGACCACAAACUCCAGAUGACACGUUAGUAAACCCACACGUCAGCUCAAGAAUCACCCCUCACCACCACAAAUUGAAAAGUCUAUCUACUGUGUACAGUCUAAUGCUGUGCCACUAUAUGUCACCAAGGGGAUUUUACCACCUUGUAACAACUAUGCAAAGAAAAAAAUCCCAACAGUCAUCAAGAGGAAAAAUAUAGCUGCUUGCAUGUGGUAAUAUCUAGAGCAAUAAAUUCAACCCGCCCUUUGAUUUUCCACACAGCACGGUAUAUAAAAGACUGCUAACAAUCUAAGAUGACAAACAUUUACAGACUCCAGACCUCCCUUCGUAUACACCUCACAGGACUCUGCCUACAAGACCUUCAGAUUAUCAUGGAAAACAUAUUCAGGAUUGCCUUUUUGAUGCUUUUUCUCUCAGUUGGUCUUCAAGGAAGCCCGGCUACCAAUUACUUGAAAAUUGCAAAAGGAAUCGAACGACUACAAAUAAAUAUUACAUGUCCAGAAGAAGGUACAUUCUUCUAUGCUCCGUCUCCAGCGGAUGUAGAGAAAAGCAUUGCUGGAGCACUGGCCUGUUCUAUUCAACAACUGAACCACCUCAAUGACAACAGAAAUCUGCAGCAUCAUAUCAACAGGAUUUUGACGGUCCUACAAAAGACAUCUGAUGAUAUCAGAACGGACUCGUCAGAAUGCAGCCGUGAGAACCCGCUGUCCAAAAAGUCUUGCAAGGAGUUCAUGGAGAAUAUGAUCAGUUUAGCUAAAGCUCUAUCUGCCCAACGGUCCCCAUGAUAAAAUAGGUUCUAGCUCCCAGUUACAUGGGCGGAGAAUGGGGUCACAGGAAGUAGAUUGUCAUUGCACUGAUACUAUAUAUUAUCUCUAACAAUUUGUGUAACAUUGUUUAACACCAGCUUUUAAAAUAUAUAUAUAUAUAUUUAUAUGUCUAACUGGAUGUCCUUAACCUGGUAUGAAAGCCCUACAUAAUGAAGGAAGGGGCUACUGUAGGUUCUGUUUAAUGAUGUGAUAUCCAUAU